GCUGGAUAGAAAUACAAACAGAAAGUAUCAGAAAAACUCAACCCAUCUGGCAGUGUCUGUGGCAAUGUGGGAGAUCCGUGGAGAUUGUUCUCAGGACAAAACAUGUCUCCAGGAACUGGCUGGGAAACAGCGCCGGAGAUGCCGGGUUCGUCCCCAGAGGAAGACGGGGCCGCUUCGAAGAAUAAGCCUGAUAACACCGCUUUCACCCAGCAGAGACUGCCGGCUUGGCAGCCCUUCCUAUCCGCGGGCUAUGUCCUUCCCGCAUUCUUCCUGCUGGGCUUGAUAUUUAUUGCGAUCGGCCUCGGAUUGUACUUUACCUCCAACAAUGUCACCGAGUUCGAGCUUGACUAUACAGGCAACAACCCCAACAGUUCAUGCUAUAAUUGCACCAGGAACAAUACCACGAACUGCAAGUGCACAAUAUAUUUCAAGGUGGACCAGGUGUUACCGGGCCCUGUUUUCAUGUACUAUGAAUUAUCGAACUUCUAUCAGAAUCAUAGGAAAUAUGGAGUCUCCCGAGAUGAUGAUCAGCUGAAUGGGGAUUUGAACAAUUUAAAGAUACCUUCUGAAUCCUGUUUUCCAUUUCGUUUGGAUAGUCAAGGCAAGUCUAUCGCUCCCUGUGGAGCCAUUGCAGACAGCUUGUUUAAUGAUUCCUUUGUGGUAUAUAAGAUAAAUAGCAGUGGUGCCUUCAAGGUCUCUCUAAAUGGCAAAGGAAUUUCUUGGUGGAGUGACUACAAUGUCAAGUUCAAUAACCCUAAGUCAGACAAUGGAACUGAUCUAAAAGAGGCAUUUCAGGGAACUGUAAAGCCUAACAACUGGCCCAGACCUGCCUACGAGCUGGCCACCAACCCAGAAAACAAUGGCUUUAUCAAUGAGGACUUCAUUGUUUGGAUGAGGACUGCGGCCUUGCCAACAUUUCGCAAACUUUAUCGUCGUAUUGACGAUGGGAUGCAGCCAGGAAAUUAUUCUGUGGAAAUAAGUUACAAUUAUCCAGUGUUGAGUUUCAAUGGACAGAAACGAAUAACUUUCAGCACCAUAUCCUGGAUGGGUGGAAGGAACUCGUUCUUGGGGAUUGCUUAUCUUGUAUGUGGUAGUGCCUGUAUUGUUACAGUUAGCACAACCACCAGUUGCUGGCACUCUCGCCUGACUCAGAAGGUUGUGGGUUCAAGUCCAGGACUGUAGAAACUUGAGCACAAAGUCUAGGCUGACAUCCAGUGCUGCAGCACUGAGGGAGUGCCCUUUUGAGUGAGAUGUUAAACUGCGGUGCCGUCUGCCCCUCGAGUGAAUAUAAAAGAUCCUACGGCACUAUUCAAAGAUGAGUAGGGGCAUUCUCCCACCUCCCACAGGCAGCACAGGCCCGACAAGAGAAAUUUCAGCAGCCCCUGGUAUCUUCCAAGAGGAUGGUGGAGGUGAUUGUGUCAUGACAGCGGAUCACAACCCAAAUUACUUACAGACAUAUUGAACUUUUUUAAGGAAGAUAUGUGUUUUUUAAAAAAGGACAUACAAGCAAAAACUGGCUGAGAAUUUAAAGC